AGCCAGGGCUUCUCUUAUGACCUCCUGAAGAAGAUAGACUCCCCGCAGCGGCUUGUCUACAGCCCGCCCUGGUGUGGUGGCCUCGUGCAGGGAAACCGUAAUGGCUCUCCUAACUGACUGCUUAAAGCUGGAGUCAUUUCUGCUCAAAAUAUCUACAGCUUUGUUUUUGGGAAGCAAGCUGCGGCACCCCUACUUGCUACAGUUGAUGGCUGUGUGUCUCUCGCAGGACCUAGAGAAAACCCGCUUUGUGUACGAGCGCAUCACUAUCGGCACAUUGUUCAGUGUCCUUCAUGAACGACGGUCCCAGUUCCCAGUGCUGCACAUGGAGGUGAUUGUGCACCUGCUGCUCCAGAUAUCUGAUGCCCUGAGAUACCUGCAUUUCCAGGUGUUUAUCCACCGCUCCCUCAGCUUCUAUGCUGUCCAUAUCAUCUCCCCAGGUGAAGCGAGGCUGACCAACCUGGAGUACAUGUUGGAAAGCAAGGACAGAGGUGUACAGAGGGACCUGACUCGAGUGCCCCUUCCUACGCAGCUAUACAACGGGGCCGCACCAGAAGUGAUCUUACAGAAGGCAGCCACAGUGAAAUCAGACAUCUACAGCUUUUCUAUGAUCAUGCAGGAGAUUUUAACAGAUGACAUACCCUGGAGUGGCUUAGAUGACUCAGUUGUUAAAAAAGCCUUAGUCUUGGGGAAUUAUUUAGAAGCUGAUGUCAGGCUUCCGAAACCUUACUGUGAUAUUGUUAAGUCAGGCAUCCACGUCAAGCGGAAAGACCAAACUAUGAACCUUCAAGAUAUCCAGUAUAUUCUGAAGAAUGACUUAAAGGAUUUUACUGGAGCCCAGAGAACUCAACCAACCGAGAGCCCCAGAGUGCAGAGAUACGGACUCCAUCCUGAUGUCGAUGUCUAUCUAGGACUGACUUCAGAACACCCCAGAGAGACCCCUGACAUGGAAAUCAUAGAGCUAAAGGAAAUGGGCAGUCAACCUCAUUCACCAAGGGUUCACUCUUUAUUCACUGAGGGGACACUAGAUCCUCAGGCCCCAGAUGCAUGUCUGAUGGCCAGGGAGACUCAGAAUCAAGAUGCUCCUUGCCCUGCUCCAUUUAUGGCAGAAGAGGCCAGCAGCCCCAGCACAGGUCAGCCAAGCCUCUGCAGUUUCAAAAUCAACGAGAUCUACUCAGGCUGCUUGAUUUUGGAAGAUGACAUAGAAGAGCCUCCAGGAGCUGCUUCAUCUUUGGAGGCAGACGGACCUAACCAGGUAGGUGAACUGAAAUCCAUGGAAGAAGAGCUGGAUAAGAUGGAGAGAGAGGCGUGUUGUUUUUGCAGUGAGGAUGAGAGCUCUUCAAAAGCUGAGACAGAGUACUCUUUUGAGGACUGGGACUGGCAAAACGGUUCACUCAGUUCACUCAGCCUUCCUGAGUCAACCAUAGAAGCCAAGAGCAAUUUGAACAACAUGUCCAUGACUGAGGAGUAUCUCAUCAGUAAGUGUGUGCUGGAUCUGAAGAUUAUGCAGACAAUAAUGCACGAGAAUGAUGAUAGGCUGAGGAUUAUCGAGCAGAUAUUAGAUGAAGUUGAGAUGAAACAGAAGGAGCAGGAAGAGCGCAUGUCUUUAUGGGCCACUUCAAGAGAGUUUACAAAUGCCUACAAGUUACCUCUGGCCGUGGGCCCUCCAUCUUUAAACUAUAUUCCUCCUGUCCUACAGCUUUCAGGGGGUCAGCAGCCAGACACCAGUGGCAACUACCCAACCCUACCAAGAUUUCCAAGAAUGCUGCUGACUCUUUCUGACCCUGGAAAACAGAACACAGAUGAACAAUUUCAGUGCACUCAAGGAGCCAAGGACAGUUUGGAAACAAGCAGGAUCCAAAAUACCAGAUCCAGCAUUCGGAGGCAAACAUGAAGCUCCAUCCUCUCCAAUUUCGGGACAACCAUGUGGAAAUGAACAAAAUGCUUUACCUUCAAAACUUUCAAACGAAGAGUUAAUACAGAGUAUGGAUCGUAUAGAUUGAGAAAUUGCAAAAGUAGAUCAGCAGAUCCUUAAACUGAAAAAGAAACAAGUAAAAGUCUUUGCCUAAUAUAUUCUAAGAAUGUAUGUUUUUCUCCGUACAGAAGAUAUUUUUGAGUUUUCCAUAUUUUGAAACUUUACAUAAAAGGAAUCAUGCCUUA